CGGACUGCUAUCGCGAAGGAAAGAACAGUACAGAUACACAGAUGUGAGAGGAGAGCAGGGAGGCGGCUGAGAGAUCGAGUAACGCUAAGCGAAGGAGGGAAGCCAAAGAUUGUUUAGACAUGUGUUUUUCUGUAGUUUUUUUAGGCUCUGUACACGAAAGGUAGUACGAGCUAUGGAGAAAGGUCACUACUUUGCGGUCGGGACGGAAACGACGGCAAGAGGGCGAAACACACGGCGACUGAAGGCAUGAAGGAGGUCGAGAAACAUAUUGAGUUUCAAUAUUUACGGCUUUUUUUUGUUUGUGUAGUAAACGCGCGAAGAAAAGAUGCACGAAAAGAAAACCUCAUAGUGCAGACGGCUGUUGAGCAGACAGCGCCUUGACGAGGCCGCGAGACCGAGCCUCCGCCUGGGCGAAAGAAAUGGCUGCUCGGCCCAAAGAGACUCGCAUUUUUUUCCACUUUAUAUCUCACCUUUUCGGGAAAUCUCCACUUUCUUGCACGGAUCCGUUGACACUUUUCACGCGUUUCCAGCUGCACUCGAACCUGGCUUUUGGCUGGUGUCUCCUGCGAUUUUUCUUUCCUUUUGGCCAGCGCAGAAUGCAUAAAGGGCAGCGAUAUUUAUGUAUGUGGGCAGCGUUUCAAGAAAAUCUUUUCUGAACGUAUGCAGCUGCCCGUUGGUCAUUGGAGAGUGCUGAAAGCAAGUUUGUUUCUCCGUGUAUGCGUUCAUCUCGCAAACCCCCGAGGAAACAUUUUCUCUUGGGCCGGAGAGUGGCGCAUGUGUGUCGCUGAGCUCCGCUGGGGACAUUUUUGGGCGUUUUUCUCCCUUUUUCGACUGUUUUCGCGACUUCUUCCUCUCUGUCGCUUCUCCUCCGUUCUGUUGAUCAUUUUUUCACCUGCGAACACUUUCCAUCCGCCUUCUCGCGGUGUAUGUACACCCCGUAGGGUGGGGAUCACCUGGUUAGCGCCCCAAUUCCGUGCCUUUCCCCAGGUCCUUGAACACGAACUUCCCACCUGUGCAGGAUGAGUUUUUCUUACUUCCAGCGGGGAGGCUGCCCUGGGGUGUGCAUGCACGUCAGCUGGGAUUAGCCGCACUUCUCUGUUGGGAUGCGCAAAAUGCACCAAGCAGACUUCUGUCCCGCCGCACUUAGGCACCCGGCCGUCCCUCAGACUCGUCUCGCUCCCGAAAGAACUUCCGUUCCUCACUUCUCUUCAGCUGCAAAUUUGAGAGCCUCAGCGAAAGAGACCGAUCCCGACGAUUGCCAGCCCCACAUCCGGGUGUCUAGACACCCGAGACGAACUCGCGAGUAUUCCGCGGGCGCGAACCCUGCGUCCGCGUUUCCUUGCCCCCUCGAGGGAAUUCCACGCUCUACUUCGCCUCACAGCGUAGAAGCGUCUGCCUGCCCCCCGUUUCCGCCUCGCAGCCACUUUGUGCUUCACAACCAACCAACAGAAGACGUUUUCGCUUCCUCUAUCGAGAGAACGCUGUUCAACUUCCUCCGCUUCGUGGUGUCCUUUGCAGUCCCACCAGAAGUUCUCCUCCAGGCUACGUCAGCGCCUCGCGUCGCUUUCUCUUCUGCCUCUUCGUCGUCAACAGCUGGCUACGCUCCAGUUCCUGCGAGAGGGGCUUCCCCAUACAAUGGCGACGCCUCUCACUCACAGCAUCCGGAACGCCGGCCUGCAGGUGUACAGACACCUCACGCUGUCUGCGCUUCCCUGGAGGUCUCCUCUGCCGACUCACGCCGCGAGGUCUGGCGACGAGAGGACCUCCCACGAGGGCAGCAACUCUGUCUCUUCUCCUCUUCGCUCUCGCCAUACUUGUCUCUGGUGCGACGCAAGAUGGCGGCCGUCUCCGAGUGGCUCGCUUCUGUCUUCUCCCCCGCGAGAGGCCUCUCUCCGAGAGCUCCAGAUGCACUCGGCGGAGGUCCGGAUACACGGGAGAGAAGCGGGAGAGAACUUUGUUUCGCGCGUGCCGGCCGAGAGUGCCGGCGAAGGGCCGCUGGCAGCUUGCAGGAAGGGAUCCUGUAGGGAUGCGGCGGGGGACGAGUUGGAGGGUGGCACAGGGGAGAAAGGGACUUUUUGGGUUGGCAAGGAGGAGAGUGUGGGGACGUCAACGCUGUUGGGGUUUUGCGAACUGGAAAGGGACGCUCGGGCUCGAAUCCGCGUCUUGAGACAGCCUCAUUCUUCCCUCUCUGCGACUCUCUGUGCGUCAUCCGCGUCGGUUUCUCGCAACUCGGAUGCGCCAGCUGAAGUUCCGUGGUCACGCGUGGAUUCGGAGAAAUGUCUUCUCUCUUCUUCCCUGUCUUCUUCAGCCCUGGGGAGCGGCGAGGCUCGCUUCUUUCUAGCCCCUUCGCUGUCUCCUUUCUUCUCAGUUCGAGACGGAGGAGGGCCAGUCAGAGCAGAGGGAUUGAAGCAGCAAGAAAUGGUUCAAAAACAGGCUCUUAUGGGUGUCCAGACAGUGGAAGGAGAGGGGACGCGUAAGGGAGAAGAAAAAGAAGGCUUGCGGCGUCAAGGGAAGGUGAAGGGAGAUGCUCUCACAGACAUGCUUUUCGAGAGUGAGCACGCUCCAAAGGUGGAGAUGGAGUGUAUGAACAAGAAAAAUCGAUUGGCUCUUCGCAAGAGGAGAAGGCGAAUGGGCGAACGCGUCAGUCUGCGAUACAGAUGAUCGCAGCGUCCCCUGUUGCAUCUGCUACCUUUCCAGCGUCGUGUUUGUGCUUAGCCAUGCUCUUUUUGCUGCAUUUUUGUGCGUAUGUUGAUGCAGGAGGACGGGGGUGUACACUCCGAUGGAAACUGGAGUGAAUUGCCCAGUGUCUUCAUGAGCAGAGAAAAGCGAUUUCUUCUACAGUGAACAGUCAUUUUUUCUCGAUUGGAGUCUCUGUCGUUUCGUCACGCAAGAGUCCACGCUGUCUAGACACAGCUGUCUCACAAGGCAGGGAAGCCGGGAAGAGUGCAGGAAGAAAGGGGCAACGAGAGUGACAAGAAGAGACAAACGAACUGUAGCUACUGGUUCAUUUUUCGGCCUUUGGCUUGGGUAACACAGUUGGAUGUCGCAAGAAUUUCAGUACGAGUGGGCACAGACAUACCGACUUCCAUGCAAGCAUAUACACAAGUGUAUGCGUAGAUUCGUAUAUUUCAUAUGUGAACCUCUUUAUGCAUAUGCAUAUGUAUAUAUAUAUAUAUAUAUGCCGGAUUUUGCCGCUUCAUUCUUAUUCUUCCUGUCCGAUUGUUUGGCGGUGCCGCUGAGGAGAGUUUUCCUUCGUGGGCGCUGUAGUUACUCCGGCGUCUGCGGGAGUGAUGCACUUGGUGUGUCUGUUCCGUCGUUUGCUAACUAGGCUUCCCCACCGGGCUGUCGGGCCGCUGUUGUGGUAGCGUCCGGUGUCUUUUUUACCACUUUUGAGUCGGGCAGACUUGGCGGUUUGAAGAAGCGGGGGGAGUUAAGCGUUGGUCCGACGCAACCUAGACGGAAACAUUUGUGUCUUUAAAUAGUAGCAAGAGUUUCGAGCACGUAGGUAGCUGUGGCUGUCGUGCGGCUUUCUGGCUCUGCGCAGUAGUUUCCCUUUGCCCAAGGAAGGCGAUGUAAAAUCUUCGGGGGUGGAAACAAAAACCUGCUUGACUCCUCAGUUUAAGCAGCACUCGCGAACUUGCGAUGGACAAAUUCACCUUGGAUGGUUGUAUAUUGGCGGCUAAGUGUCCGACACGCGAAGUUUACGUUUUUCCACGAAACCCAUUUGGAAGAAGAGGCUUGAUAGGAGCUACCGUGUAGUUUAUCGGGAGUAGAGUCAGCGUAUUUAACGGAUUGUCCACCCACUGGUUCAGCAUCACCUACCUUGUUUCGACUUCGUACCGAGUGUGCUAAUAUAAUUCGGACAUGAAUAAGCCGCAGUGGACACGAAACAGAC